AAAGAAAUGUAUUUUGUUUUUCAGUUAUGACUGUAGUAAAUAAGCGGCCAGCUGAGUGGAAGGUAGGAGAAAGUUCUUCGGCCGCCAGCUCACUCAAGAAAUCCAAACUGUCUCACUCGGCCUCCCUGGGCAAGAAUCUGUCCAGCAGAGAUUUCUCCAAACUGAAAAAAGCUGGAAAGACUGGCAAUGUCAACUUGCGUCAAAUCAAAACAUCCAACCCAAUUGUGACUAAGCUGGAAACAGCGCAAAAUGGAACUGACAGCGAUUCGAAAGUUCGUUACCACUACUCACAUAAGUUUGGAGAGGAGAAAGCAUCUUCAAGUUCACUGAGUGAGACAGUUGACAAAACAUCAUGGAAAAAAUCUUCAGAUUUUGACAAAAGUUCUUGGAAAAAUUCAUCCACAGUGCAAAAAAGUGGUAGAGAAGCUUUGGAAAAACUAACCAAAAAGCAGAAAAGGAAGCUGAGAGAAAAGAAAAGACCUCAUUAUGAAGACGUGGUGGAUAUCAAAAAAGUGUGGGAGGAGUUAAGAGCAGAGAACAGUAAGGAGAAACAAGCCAAGCUGAGUGAAAAGAUUCUGAAUAAGUUGUCGGAUGAGAAACUGCUGCAGUUGUGUCAUUCACACGACACUUGCAGAGUAAUUUGCUGGGCCUACAGAUUCGCCAAACCGGAUCUGAAGGCCAAAGUCUUUUCAGUGUUGUACCCUUCGUUUGAGAGUUUAGCCAAAUCGAGAUAUGGGAAACACGUUGCGCUGGCCCUCAUCCGUCACAACAGCAAAUCCCAAAAUGUGAAACUGAUCUCAUCGCUUCAGAACAAAGUGAAGGAAAUGUUUGUCCACUGCUUCGCCAAUGAGGUUGUGGAGGAGUUGUACAACUGCCACGCCAAUCAGAAUGAGAGGACGGCCAUGCAACACGAAGUGUACAGUCGCUACUUUGUCAUGAAGGCGGCCGAGGAGGAGAAGGAGAGAGAGGAGAAAGAGAUGGGGCAGGGGGGCAAAAGAGGCGAGAGAGAGGGCGAGGAUCGAACUAUGCAGAUUAAGAGUCUACAGAUGCUGCUGGAAAAGAGUCCCAACCUGCGAUCGCCAGUGCUGACAUCAGUUAAAGCAUUUGUGCUCAAGUGCAUCUCAACUUCCGCAGUCAGACACUCCUUCGCCCACAAGAUCAUCCUGGAGUACUUCACAGUGCUCCACCGGGAUACCCAGCAGGGGGGCAGAGGGGUGAUUGGGGCAGAGAUUGUGCCGCUGUUGAGGGACUGGCUCAUCCAAAUGGCACACACGCCCAAUGGCGCCAAAGUGGUUCUCUACGCACUGUGGUACUCAGACACGAAAGACCGCAAGGCGAUUCUGAAGAUGUUCAAGGAGAAAAUAAUAGAGACGAGUCAACACGAAACGGCAUACCUUAUUAUUUGUGCAAUUCUAGACUGUGUAGACGAUACUAAACUGAUCAACACGACAGUUUUGCAACCUCUCAUUAAAGAUUUUGACAAAGUUGUUAAAAAUAAUUUCGGUCUCAGGUGUAUUAUACAUGCAAUUUACCCGCGUUAUGGACUUCUGUUCAACGUGGAAGUUACGAAUUUAUUGGCCCUUGGAGACGAUAAUGAAAACAGUAAGAAGCCGAAAGACGUGAGGUACAAGGAGUGCGCACAAACUGUUCAAACCAAAGUGCAAGAAUACUUGAUUAAUGCACUUGAUGGAAAUGCAGCUGCUUUUGAAGAGAAGGCCAAUUUUCACUUGGUGUCUGCAUUCUUAAAGAGCUCAUUUGUCGACGCAAUUGUCAAAACGAAACUUUUGCAGAAACUUGCCAGUCUCUACGCAGAAGAUGACAGUUUUCCACAAGCGUUCUUAAGCUUUUCAAUCAUGAAAGGACUGCUAGCUGAAGAACAUCUGUGCAGGAACGAGUUUGCAGUCAUUUUAGCCUCCCAAUUGAAAGAAUUGCCAGAUCAGAAGCUACUACAAUGGUGCAAAGAUGAAAGCUUCAGCAAGAAACACACAAUUUUGGUGAAACUAAUGCCUUUGAAUGAAAAACUGAAUCUCAGAAUAACUAAAUUGACCUCAGUUAAGUCAGAGAAAAAGAGAGGCAAAAACUCAAAAUGAAAGGUCUUCUUUUGUCCUCGAUUUUUGGAAACCGGAAUGCCAUGUGAGCUUGAAAUUAAAUUUAAAUGUUGAAACUUG